AUUUUCGCCUCUUUGUUCGCCAAGUUGAGCGUUAUUUCCCGUCUUAUCCUCGACCCCGGGCGCCGCAGCCUUCGUCCGAAGCCGUCCUCGCACUUGUCGACGCCUCCCCCCGCGAGGAGCAAGGCCCCCGUCGCCGCGCACGCCGUCGCCCGAGCAGAGUUGAAAAUUGAGAUAUGGAUGGCCAUGGCCAAGCAGAGAAAGAGGCAAGCGAAGUGCUUCGAUCUUUUAAUAUCCUAGGAGCACCCGCAUCUGCACAGAACGAACCUCAGAAUCUGUCAACAAACACCUCACAGCCAAUGGUAAUGGUGCCCCCACACCCUCCGCCGCAAUGGCACAUACAUCCCCAACCUGUACACAUCAUGUACCAGCCACAUGGGAACCCCCCAGUGUCCCAGGCUGACAAUAAUAGCAACCAGCAAGCGCCAAAUGGGCAGCCACAACAAGCACCUCCCCAAGGACCUCCUCAGCUUGCCCACAUGACAGCAGACCAGUUGUCACAGCUUCAGCCUCCUCCCCUCGAACAUUCCAUUUGGUCAACGACUGAUAUGGAUGGACAAAAUGGCAUGAAUUCAAACUACAACAUGGGUGAUUUGCAAAGUCAGGAAGGAGACACGACAUUGAACACCAACGACAUAAAUGAAGAAGAACAGGAAACAAAGCCCAAGAUCAAGAAAGAGGUCAAAAAGAAAAGGAAACUCGCAGAUCUCUUAGCAGAAGGUAUUGAUCCGACCAAAUUAGAAGAGAACAGUGACCAGGUGAGGGAAAGGUUUGAGAAAGGAUGUGAGUGUGAAGGUGACAACUGCUUUAAGAACAUGAACCCCGAGUUUGUAUUUAGACACAGACUGAACAUUGCAGAACUGACCAAGAAUGAACAUGACAUGUAUCUAAUGGGAGUGACAAUGGCAUGUUUAGCAAAUCCCGAAGAAACCUCUCGGCACAAAGAGAGAAAGAGGCUUAGGGCAUCGUAUGUUUUCCAGGGGAAGAAGGUGUGCUUAGACGCUUUUCUUUAUUUGGAAAACUGUACGCAUUAUCAGUUAAAAGCUAUCAGAAAGCAUGUCAUGGUUAAUGGAGUGACACCAAGAGUUCAUGGCAAUCAUGGAAAGAAACCCCCCAACACAUUCCCACUUGACACGUACCAGCACGCGGCUGCUUUCUUGCAGAGUUAUAUCGCUCGAUAUUCACCAAACACAAAUACUCCAAAGAAACCAAACAAAUCUGGCAAAUCGCCACCAGUUUACCUGCCAGCUGACAUUACGCGCAAGAAAAUCCACAAUGCAUAUAAAGAAUACUGUGAACACUUUGAACCUGAUGUUAAGGUCAUGGGGUACUCUUCAUUCAGACACUUCAUGAAGGAACAGUUUCCCAACGUCAAAUUCUUCCGAAUGGAUAAAAAGGCUGAACGCGCCAUGGGCCAGAGCGGACCAGAGACAAGACCAGCGGGUUGAGACAGGAGCACAACAAGUUAUGCAACAGCAGCAGGCAGCACAAGCUCCACAAGAACCUCCAAAAGAUGCCAGGAACACUCCUCCAGUUUCCGCAGCAGCACCCACGUCCGCUGUACCUCCCAAUACCCAUCCAGGUGUGCCGGUCUCCAUGCCUCAUGCUCCCAUCAGCACCAACUACCCCUCGUAUUCUCACGUUCAGUUACCUCUUAAUUUACAGACUCAACAGCCAUUAUACUCUGCUUGUAUGCAGCCGGGCAUGUUUCCCCCUGGUCAAGCCCCAACACAAGUGCGACCCACAGGCUUCCCAUACACUAGCCUGUAAGGGGAUAUCAGUUAUCUGUGAGGCAGUGCACCUCAAGUAUUGUUGAAAUCUCAUUAAUUACAAUCUUCCUCCAGAUAAAAGUUCUGUAGUGGCUGUCUCGUUCAGCUAAGAGGAGCCAUGACCAGUUAUGGUGCCAGAUUGAAAGUACAAGAGUGCUACUCAUUGCCACCAUGAAGGUGCUGGUUGAAGGAGCUGCACCUCGAGUGUUCCAUUCACAUUUGUAUUCCUGCUGUUAUAUGUAGGAGUGCAGUGAUAUUGAUGGUCUCCUCAUUCUUCAGGGGUUAGCCUUAGGAGUGGGAUCAUGUAAGCCCAUGUUCCUUUUUCAGGAGUUGUGUUGGUGAAUGAAGUAAUAAUCAAUAGGUGCCCCAGAUUUCAAAUAGCAGUGCCUAGGGCUUUCAUUCCCCAUCCUAAAAAUAGAGGUUAGUGAUGUAGUUAUUAGUGCCUGAAGAUGCAAGAUCACAAUGUAAAUAUGUGGCAGCUGAUUCUUCUUAACACUCCUCAAACUGUAAUUAACCAUAUCUAUAUAAGGUCCGUUAAUUACAUCUUACUUCUUGUACAGUGUAUCAUAAGGCAAAAAGUCCGAGAUCAGUUGCUGAAAUGGUCUUAUCCAGAUUUCCAGAAAUUUGUAAAGAACCUCAGGCUAAAAUCUACAGUUUUAUAUGAUAUUUGAAAUCAGAUCUAAAUUUAGAUAAAUUCCUGUAGCAAUCAACAUAAAAAAUAUCAAAAAUGAAAUGCCAGUGGUAUUAUGAGUAUAAAGCUACAGACAAUGUGCCUGUACCAUAUCAUGCUUUCACAUCAUUUCAUAACAUUAUCAUCACAAAAGGUCACCCAGUUUAACUUGAUUAGUUUUAUAGAACUAGUGUAAAUCAUUUUCUAUCACUCCUCAUACCAUACGGGCAUUGAAUAUAUAUGGAGUUCCAAGCCAUUGAUUAGGCCUUAGCUUUCCCAAUUGUUAAACUUAGGUAAUGUAAUAUAUGACAUGAGUAGGUAAUGUUUUUAAGUAAUUUUUGACCAUUCCAUUCCAAAUGGGCAUUAAUUUCCAUAUCCAGUUGCCAAUGAUUACCUCUUCAAGAGAGAUGGUAGAAUUUGAUUGAAAGCGUGUGUAAAUAUGAAAGCAAUGGUGGACGAAGUGGCUUAUAAGGCAUAAUUAUGUUGAAACAUGGAUUGUGAGACUGGUUGCUAUGUAGCCAUAUAUAGAGUAUGAACACAAGGCAAAAGUUUGCUGUACAAUUAUUUUGAGAAGCCUUGGUAGCAACUUUUUUACAGUUCUGUAAACGCUGUGCCAAACAGGGCAUAUGACAUGCUCUUAUUGUCUCAAAGGUGCCCUAAAUGAUUAAGCUUCACAUAUGCUAAAUAUAAUAGCAUAUGUGAUUAGGUUGCCUUUGGAGACUUGGUAAUUAAUGUACCAUUAUGAAGAAUGUACAUUUUAUUAUGUUUCAAAUAUGCAAUUUCCUGGGGUCUCUGCUGUAUAUUUUUAUUUGUAUAUGACAGCCAGGAUUAUGGAAGGCAUUAUGAUCGUGUUCAUAUUCGCAGAUUAGAUUUACACUGAAGUUAUUUAAGGUCUAUUUAUUUUCUUUUUUUAAUAAUAUCAAACAAAACGAAAAAAAAAAGAGCCAGUUUGGCAAAGGACUUUUGAGGUUAAUUUAACAUAUGCAUAAUCAUGUAUAGAGGAUAGUGCUAGACCUUAUUGAGAAAUAUAUUUUGUUUAAUUUUUGAUCUAUAAAUUAUCAUACAACAGCUCUCAAUAAUGGUUGGGUCAGAGACUUUGAAGGUGGUUACUGCAAGAUGGAAGUAUUUCCACAGUUUAUAUCAAUGAGUAUUACUAGAAGCUUUUGUGCGACUUAUGGUCUCAGUUCCUUGCAUCUGAACUACAUGGAGAGGGAAUUCAGUUCAUGAACUGGAUGUAUCCACAAAGAUUCCACAAAAUGUAAAGGGUAAUUUUUGUAUAAAAAGCUAACAAAUGUAAUAGAAUAAUAAACUGUGAUAUGAAAGUACAUGUAUUUGUUUGAUGUCUUUAUUUAAUUAAGAUUUUUUUCUACUGUAAUCUUAAGGAUCCUUUUUUAUUUUUAUAUUGAAUGGCAUUAUUUACUGAUUUAUUUGAGAAAUUUUUUGAAGUUAAGCUCUUAGGGACAUCCCCUCAACUUUGUUUAUGCAAUGCUUUGCAGUGGAGGCAGAUUUUAUUUUGUUUCCUUUUGCAUUCAGAAUUAAUGUACAUUUCUAUAAAUCAAUUUAAUUCUACUUAUUGAGUUCAUAUAAAAUUUUAGUAGAUGAGAAUUAAAAUCAUGAUAAUAAUUCUAUUAAUUCAGCAGCUUUUGUGAUAUUUGUGGAAGGAAGUAUGUCUGUUUUGAUAAAUAAAUAACCUUUGUCAGUA